AUGGCAGCGGUGGCAUCUACAUCGGUGGUGAAUGAUUGUGACGCUGAGAAGGAAUCUAGGGCGGACCAUAGCCCUUCUAGGUUUACAGCAGUGAAUGGGAAGGAGUCAUUGGUUUCUGGAAUGGCUGUAGCCACAUCAUCUACAAGUGGCUCCUCAGGCAAUGAAGAACAUUCUGAGUCCCCAGAGAUCUCAGUGCGAAAUGCGUUCGACUCACAACAUUAUCAUCGCGAUGAACACACACAGGGGAACGGAAACGUCGGUAAUGGCUAUGUCACAAUUGAUCAAGAAGACGGUCAAUCGCAUAGGUCACCGUCCUUUUCGGGGUCCACAAUGUCCAACAAGAACAAACGGAAGAGGUCUGACUCUGGGGAGCAAGAAGAAAUGCAUGGUGUGGCUCGCAAGGCUCCCAAAAGCCCAGCCUUAAGAAUUGAAGAUACGAUCGAAUCACAGACCCAGGCACCUACGUCGAAUGACGUUAUCACACCACACGAUGAAAAUGAUGCCAAAAACUCCUCUCCCUCAGUCCAACCUCGAUCAGAGGAUAACGGUGGGGACAUUCGAACACCGUCAGCAAGCACGACCUGGCAUGAAUAUGAUUCCCAGCUAGUACAUCAAGCUCAGCGUGCGCAACAGUUUGAUGCUUCUGAUGUUCAACUAGCGGAGGCACUCCAACGCGAGGCGAAUGCCCAUGAUACAUCUCAAAAGACCUGGAACAGCAGUAGUCGACCAACAGAGGGCGCUGCACAAAACGAACACCCACCCUCAUUAUCCACUGUUUCCCAAGAGCGUCCACAGUCGGCGAUGCAAGUCGCACCGAAGAGGAAACGAGUUUUCAGCAAUCGAACUAAAACCGGCUGCAUGACUUGCCGCAGAAGGAAGAAGAAGUGCGACGAACAGCAUCCUGCUUGCAACAAUUGUAUUAGGGGAGGCUUCCUUUGUGAGGGCUACUCAUCGCGAAGCACCUGGCAAAAGCCUUCGAGCUCUAAAGCUCCAGUUCCCUUGCAAUCAAAAGAGGGUUAUCUGGAUGUCAACGCCCAAUAUGUGCACGAUAUAAACCAGCAGCAUGACCGGUCACAAACAUUGACAGAACCACUAGACUCGGCGAAGAUGAGGCCAAUUGUUGCCGAUGAAACCGACCGCGCAACUUCUCAAUACAACACGAGCCCGACAGGGACUGGGUCCAGUCGUGGUCCUUGGUCCAAACGACCCUGGGGAGGCACAAGCCACCCUACCUAUAUAGCUGAUCACGUGGCAAAAUCUGAUUACCGAGAAGUCCCUUCAAUCCAUGAGUUAUCUCGGGAAGGCCAUGCGAAGUCUGAUUUUCCAAUUGUGCCUCCGAUUAGGGAGCUUUCGCAUGGUAGCCAUUCGAAACCGGGCGUGCCGAUUUUUCAAGGUGGAAUUGACCAACGACCAGCACACUCUGGGAAUAUGGAUACCACUAGCCCCCAAGCCCAGGCACGGAUGGCUCUCAGCAUCGAACAUCAGCUAUCUACGCGCACAUUGUCUACUGAAGAUACGGAAAAGGAUAAAAUGAUACGCGGGGAACUUUAUAGGCCUUACGACGUGCACCUUGUUGAGGAGAGGGACCGCUGUAAAGCCGCCAUAUGGCGAUUUAACAACGCCUCCAAUCCGGUCUCUGGGUUAAGCACGAAAGAGCAAAGUCGACUGCUAAAGGAGGUGCUCGUUCCUCCGGGUUCGGUCAUUAAAUCGCCUUCUGGUGUGGCAUCAUCCCGUUCUGCAGGAUCUAUAGGCCAGGGCGCCAUUGUCGAGGCCCCUUUCUACUGCCAUUACGGAUAUAAUGUGCAUAUCGGCGAAGACGUUUUGGUAUCAGAUAAUUGCUUUUUUAUCGACGAUUGCCGCAUUACCAUUGGUGCUCAUACGUGGAUCGGGCCCAGGGUAACCAUACUCACUUCAAUGGCCCAUGCAAAUAUGCAAGAACGCAAAGGCUCACAAAGUCGCUACCAAGGGCGCCCUGUUACAAUUGAGGAGGAUUGCUAUGUUGGUGCCGGCUGUACAAUCUAUCCUGGUGUCCGCCUCCGACGCGGGGCGUAUGUUGCUCCAGGGGAAAUAGUAAAGUCCGAUAUUGUAGCUUAUGGCUUCCAGGGCCUGAAGCCGAGUUACAUGUGA